AUGCUUUUGCGACAAGUACGAAGUCGGGUUCGGUGGCCAUGGUGCACUAGGCAAGUUCGCAACAUCAGUGAUCUACGCCCCUUUGCCUAUGGCGACAACAUAAUUCUCGAGAACACAACGGAUCGCUAUGCUCCUCAUAUUCUGUGCAAUCUACGGCCCGGAAAGAUCAUCGAAAACCAUAAAGGAAUCAUCAAGCAUGAAGACAUAGUUGGGAAGCGAGUUCGCUCUCUUGUCACUGCGGUGCAAACCUCGAAAAAGGCCACCCGAGCAUCCCAAGUAUAUCGUGUCUACGAAGCGUCUUUAGAUGAGUGGGUGCGCUAUUCCGAACGCGUAGUCACCCCCCUAUAUCCCUCAGACGCGAACCUAAUUGUGAAUCUGCUGGACCUGCACCCAGAUCCACCGCACGCGGCAACAAAACAGCAAUCAUCAGAACCCAGACUGGAGAUCCUCGAAGCAGGAACGGGUCAUGGGUCCUUAACCUUGUACCUCAGCCGAGCGAUACACGCUGCCAACCCGCCUCUACCUGAUUUUUCUCAAGCUGGAACAGGUGAUUCAAACGAUCCGCGCCUGGAGGAAUGGCGAAACGAACGUCGAGCCGUAUUGCAUACGAUCGAAGUCUCUCCGAAACAUAGCAAGCAUGCACAAAGAACGGUCUCGGGCUUCCGAAACGGAAUGUAUGCUGGAAACGUGGACUUCCACGUUGGUGACGUCAGUGAAUGGAUCCAGCAUGCCAUGAGCACACGUGGAUCAGACCCAUUUCUCUCUCAUGUCAUUUUGGACCUCCCUUCUGCGCCUGAGCACUUCAGCAAGGUGACGGAUGCAUUGCGCGUCAAUGGUACCUUGAUCGUGUUCGCUCCCUCCAUCACCCAGAUCACGGAAUGCGCCACACAUGUAAAACAGAGUCGUCUUGAGCUGGAUCUGCAGACUGUGAUCGAAUUGGGUGUCAAUGGAGGAACUGGAGGUCGGGAAUGGGAUGUUCGGUUCACGAGGGUACGGAACUCAAUUCCUGUCAGGAGCGAAAGUACGGCAGCGCCUGUAACCGAAGGUCCCACAGUAGCGGCAUCGGAUGAGCCAGCGCUCAUUAACGAGGCUAUGAGCUCAGGAACAAGCGACGGUGACAGCGCUCCACUUCAUCUAGUUUGUAGACCAAAGGUUGGCGAGAGAAUCGUCGGAGGUGGCUUCCUCGGCGUAUGGAGGAAGCGUCGAGCAGAGACUUCAAUGUAA